CAUUCAUUCCUCCACCACAAGCUCACACACGACACAAGCACCAACAAUGGCUUCCACACUCUCAGUCCUCUUGCACUGCACUUUGCUAGUUCUCCUCCUUGCUCAGCCCACGCACUCAUCCACCAUCCAGAAGCCUAAGGAUGCCACUGCCGAGCAGAAGCCUCGUUCUUCGAGCUCCCACACCUACAUCAUCCAGACCAACCACCUGGCCAAGCCGUCCCAGUUCGCCACCCUCGAGCGGUGGUACAGUUCCAUGGUGGCCACUCACUCGCCCCGUGCCGCCAUGAACUCCUCCAGUCGCCUCCUGCACACCUACGGCACGGUGAUGCACGGGUUCGCUGUGCGCCUCACGGAGGAAGAGUCCCGGCGCAUGUCGAGCAACCCUGGCGUGUCCGGCGUCUACGAGGACGCGCCCUACUUCACGAAGACGACGAGAUCGCCGGGCUUCAUCGGCCUCCACGAGGAGCUCGGCGCUUGGCCGGAGUCGGAGUUCGGCGACGGCAUAGUCAUCGGCUUCGUCGACACCGGCAUCUGGCCGGAGCGCGCCAGCUUCAACGACAGUGGGCUCGGCCCCGUCCGGUCCAGCUGGAAGGGCAAGUGCGUGGACGCCGAGGGCUUCAACGCCAGCUUGUGCAACAACAAGCUGGUGGGUGCCAAGGCCUUCAUCGCGGAGCACGGCGGCGCCCUCACUCCAAGGGACAAGGUCGGCCACGUGACCCACGUGUCCGGUACCGCCGCCGGAUCCAAGGUACGUGGCGCCAGCCUAUCCGGGUUUUCGCGCGGCACCGCUUGGGGCGUGGCGCCCAGAGCACGGGUGGCGAUCUACAAGGCGUGUGCUGGGUUCAUCUGUCGAGCGUCGAGCAUCGCCGCGGCCAUCGACGCCGCGGUGAGCGACGGCGUCGACGUUCUGUCUCUGUCGCUCGGGGGCCCCGCAUCCCCCUUGCACGAAGACGUUGUCGCCAUCGCCACGUUCGGUGCGCAGCGCAGAGGUGUCUUCGUCGUCCUCGCGGGCGGCAACAGUGGACCGAAUGCAUCGAGCGUCGUCAACGUCGCGCCGUGGAUGACCACCGUCGGCGCCGCCACCACUGACCGGGUGUUUCCGGCGAAGCUCCUGCUCGGGAACGGGGAUGUCCUCACCGGGCAGUCCCUGUACACCUUGAAGGCGCGGGCGGCGCUGACGAGCGCCGUGCCGCUCGUGAGCAGCCCCUGCGGCAUGGAUGACCUGAAGCCCGAGAAGGUCAUGGGUAAGAUGAUGGUGUGCUCGAAGAAUGCCUGGAGGUGGAGGGGCAUGUCUAUCAUCCAUGGUCCACCAGGGGAUGUCUCGGUGGACGAUCAUGAAUGGUUUAGGGACGCCGUCGUGGCUGAACCCUUCACGCUCCCCGGCCUCGUCCUCGGCUACGCCGCGGGAAAGAAGCUGUUCGCCUACAUCUCGUCGGUGCCCUACCCGGUGGCUUCCUUCAGUUUCUCCUGCGACACGGUCACGGGCCAGAACCGGGCGCCGAUGGUGGCGGGGUUCUCCUCGCGUGGCCCCAGCAAGUUUGUGCCCGAGAUCUUGAAGCCGGACGUCGUCGCGCCGGGUGUGAACAUCCUGGCCGCUUGGUCCGGUGAGUCGGAGUACAACAUCGUCUCGGGCACGUCCAUGGCUUGCCCGCACGUCGCAGGCGUCGCGGCGCUGAUCAAGAAGAGGCACGGCGACUGGACCCCGGCCAUGGUGCGGUCAGCGAUCAUGACGACCGCCACAACGCUCGACAACUUCGGCAAGCCGAUCCUCGACAACGGCGUCGGCAAGGACGGCCGUGGCGCCACGUACGCUACUCCUCUAGUGGCCGGUGCCGGGUUCGUCCUCCCGGCGCUCGCGAUGGACCCGGGGUUGGUGUACGACGCCGGCACGCAGGACUACAUCGGCUUCCUCUGUAGCCUCAACUACACGGUGAAUCAGGUGCGCCGGUUCGUCCCCGAGACGACCAGCUGCCCGACGACGCUCCUCGGCGGCGUUGCAAACCUGAACCACCCGUCAAUGGUGGUGACCUUCAGGGCUGGCAGCCGCGUCCGCACACUGACGCGGACGCUGACCAAGGUGUCAGAGGAUCCUGAGACCUACACGGCGGAGUUCGCGGCGCCUGAAGGCGUCACUGUGGCCGUCACGCCCAGGACGCUGGAAUUCAGGCACAAGAAGGAGAAGCUGAGCUACACCGUGGAGUUCAGGAGUGACGUCAAGCCGGCCGGGGCCUGGGACUUUGGCCACAUCAUCUGGAGUAACAAGAAUCAUCAUCAGGUUAGGAGCCCCGUAGCCUUCAACUGGCAGAGUUGAUGGAUGGCUGAGCACACUGAAAUCUAGAUGAUCGAUCGGUGUUCUAGUUCAGGGCUCUCUUCUUCCCUUUCAUCACCUGCACUUUACUUUCCUACAAAGCUGGUAUUGCACACCUAUGGUGGCGCUACGGACCAGCAGUUAGCUAAGCGUCUUUGUUAAUUCUCGUCAAACCCUGUAACACCGAUCAGUUGGUAUGUGCUUGUCUAAGUUCACCGUUGUUUC